UUUUGCGUUUCUUGAAAGCAACACGUCAAUUAAUGUAUAUAAUAAUUAAUACUUUUAUACUAUCAACAACACUACACCUUAACAAAUUAUAAACAUUAAACACUGUACAAAAAUGGGUUUAACACUAUAUUAACGCAUUUGAUAACUGCAACUGACUUAUAAGAUAAUAUUAUAAACUAGGUACUGACUGACAAAAGUUUUUAAUUUAAAAUUCUUAAACAAUGAAUGAAUCAGUUGAGUAUAUUAUAUUUUACUAAACACACGUUAGCAGUGCACAAUUUCGGUGGUUUUUCUUGUUUACUACGGUUUUAGUGCUUUUUGCAAAAUUAUGGCAAUGGAUCGGUCAAUAUAUUCAAUGCGUGUAACAUAGUAUAUGGAAAGUGAUAACAUAGACGAACAUAGCAUAGACGAACUACCGCAACAUCAAACGGAAUCUUCGACAGCUGCAGCGGAAAACGUGUUGAAUCGAUUGAAAUCGAUAGCACACCUACGAAUGGCCGAGAUGAAAAAGCCGGCAUUAGAUUCUGUGACCAGAGAAGAGCUGGAGGCCCUUAGAGAUCUUUUAGACAAAAACCUUCAAAAGUACCAGAACUACAACGAGUUCUCGACGAGAAAACGUCCGAGCGACCCGUACAUAGGUCAGAUACUCCAAAAUCUGAACGGAGAACCUCAACCGACCGGCGGCGCAAACAAUAACAUGCAGCAACACUACAACCAUCACCACAACAACAACAAUGACGGUGGUGACAUGACCGAACAACUGUCGGAACGACAUCAGAUGCCCAUCAGGCGCAAAAUUAUCAGACACACGGUGUUCGCGACACCAAUGCAGAACGGUAACGUUGGCUCUUCGAAUAGGAUAUACAACGGUGGUGACGCGAGGAUCGAAUGGUCUUCGCCUUGGGCCGAUUACUUCCCGAUAUUGAUCAAAGAUCCUCUGCAGACGAUGAUGAACUCGUUUUCCGAAAUCAUUGAGUACGGGCCGGCCGCCGAUAUUUGUAGGCACGCGACGACCGACGACACCGCCGCAGUAGCCGGCGAGGACGCCAACCGGCUGGACAGCAAAGGAUCGUCUCGGACCAACAGACGGACUUCCGAUGUCGGUAUGGUUUCUACAGCUGGGCCGCAAACGCGAAGACGGUCACGCCGGAACACAGCGGCCCGAUCGGAAGAGGAAAAAGGAGCACUGCUGAACCACGUACGGCCAUUCAAGCCGACGACGACCACGGCGGAACCGUCGAAGAUGUUCCCCUGGUCGCCGGACAAGCAGGCCACCGAACACAACGGCGACACGGGCCCGCAGAUCAAGCGGCUAGUGGUCCGCCGCGGUGGCGUGGCGAUCGCGGGCCCUGGCGGCAUAGCCACUGCCGGUUCCGGUGGUACGGCCAUCGUGGGCCCUGGUGGUUCGGCGUACAGCACCAAACACACCGCUUCCGGAGCUUCCGCGGAAGUUCCGAUGCCGGCGGGCGGCAUAUCGAUGGCCGGCUACGGACCGCAGGUGGUGCAGACUCCGACCGGCUAUUACGCUCCGUACCCACCACCACAGGGCAACGGUUUCGCGAGGAGCGUGGACGCAGGGGCCGGGGGCACGGCCGUCCUGUCCACGGACGGUGUCGCUUAUACGUUCCCCGCGGCGUCCCGGGGACUGACGUCGUCCCAACGUCGGCGCGGUGCGGACGAAGCUCGUGAGAUCUCACUUCCGGACGGUGCCAAGCUGAUAGCCACCGGGCCGAUAGUGUACUACAACCCGGAACCGUUAGUCCGGAAGAGGUCACGCAAGGGCAAAAAGUCCGCUACCACCCACGGGACCGCCAACGCCGAGAAACACGACAACCACCUGUUUUAACUACACCCGCCGCCGCCCAACGUUUUAUCCGUUUGUUCCUCUACAACAACACAAGACUGUCGUGAUAUAUUGCACAAUAUGAUGAUAUUACUAUAAAAGCUCUAUAUUGGCGUACCUACAUUGACACAUAAUAUUAUUUUAUAAGUACUUAGGUUUAGCGUAUUUGUAGUAAUGUUUUAGUAAUGCUCAUUUAAGUAGGUAGUAUACCUUUAACAAUAAUAAUUAUUAUAUAUAUAUCAUAUUAUAUUUACCUAUAAAUAUUAUAUAAUAUCCUGUGGUAGUUCCAUAAUAUUUACACGUGUAAUUAUAUAUAAUAUAUUAUAUAAAUUUACAUGUAAUUAUUUUCUUAGUUAUUUGUAUUUGAUCUUAUACUUUAUCAAAUAAAUAAGUUAAAUGCUGUACUAUCAUAUUUUGCAUUAUUAGAUCGUGUAACUUAUACACGUGAGUAAGAUAUUACACGCAUAUAUAACUUAAUUCAUAAUAUAUUAUACAAUCUUUAAUAUUUUAUCUAUAUUCUAUAUUAUAUUAACAAUAUUUCAUUUUAAAUGUUUACUAAUAAUAUUAAACUAAGAACACUAUGUACCUAACUACUUAUUUAUAAUAUUUUGAUCGUUAUUAAUACCGUUAACAUCAUUAGUUAUUAUUUGAUUUACAGGUAUGUGUAAUAUCAAACGCUUACUUAUAACAUUCAGUAUUAGGUACCUAUUGUAUAAGUACAACCUACUUAGAUAUGUAGAACAAAUUUUUAUUUUGAAAUAAACUGUAUAGUUUUA